CAGUCAAAAUCUAUUGGAUGCCAGUGGACACCACGUUCCAUGAUUUAUUGCAGAAAAGCCUUAGAUUACAGGUUACGCGAGCAGAGACAAUUAUAUGAAUUUGACAAGCUGCAGACUGGAUACAAUCUGAGCACAGCAGUGAUGACAUUCCAAAAAAACUUCAUCUUGGUGGUCAGCUAUCUUCUGUGUGGUUCUAUUCUAAAGUGUUCUGGAAGAAAGCUGGAGAAUAAUGGAUAUAAAAACAUAGUUAUUGCCAUUAACCCUCAAACCCAACAUAAUGAACAGCUUAUUAAAAAUAUUCAGGAAAUAGUGACUGCAGCCUCCUCCUACCUUCACCGAGCUACCAAACAGCAAGUUUAUUUUGCAGAUGUGAAAAUCCUUCUGCCUCUAACGUGGCCAGUAGGUUCCCACCCGGUUCGGAGUCCGACGACUCAAUCCUACGAGAAGGCGGAUGUGAUCAUUGCUGAACCAAACCGUAAAUACGGAGAUGACCCAUACACCCUUCAGUAUGGCGGAUGUGGUGAGAAAGGACAGUACAUUCACCUCACACCGAACUUUAUACUGAACAGCAGCCUGGCUUCAGUUUAUGGACCGAAAGAUAGAGUAUUUGUUCACGAAUGGGCCCAUCUUCAGUGGGGAGUUUUCGAUGAAUAUAAUGAACUAGUGCCCUUCUAUUUACAUGAAGGAACCAGUGAAGUAACAAGAUGUUCAAAACAGAUUACAGGACGUACCGCUGAUUGCACAGGUAGCUCCUGUUCAUCGUGUGUCACAGAUCCCAAGUCAGGACUGCCGACUGGGAAUUGUAAAUUUUAUCCAGAGAAAAACCAGACUGCAACCUCUUCAAUAAUGUUCAUACAAGCACUGUCAGAGGUGGCUGAAUUCUGUGAUGAUAAGACUCACAAUCCUGAAGCACCGAAUAUGCAAAACAAAAUGUGCAACUCCAGGAGCACUUGGGAUGUAAUCAGCAAGUCGCAGGAUUUCAGAAACAAUCGCUCACCUUACAGUGGGUCAGUGACACCAACCUUCACACUGCUACAGGCUAAAGACCGUGUGCUCUGCUUAGUCCUAGAUGUUUCUGGGAGUAUGGACCAGGAGAAUCGUUUGAACAGACUCCGACAAGCAGCCGAGAUAUUCUUACUACAGAUCAUUGAAGCAAAGUCACGAGUUGGAAUUGUUACUUUUAAUAGAGCUGCAACUAUCCAAACAAAUUUGCAAUUGAUUGAUAAUGAAGUUAUGAGGAACCAACUUGCCCAGUUGCUACCUACAACAGCGAAUGGGGGAACAAAUAUCUGCUCAGGAGUCCAUUCUGGUUUUCAGGUACUUCGUGGUGAUGACGGUGCUACCAAUGGUGAUGAAAUUGUUUUGCUGACUGAUGGGGAGGACAGUGGAAUAAGCAAUUGCUUCUCAGAGGUGGAACAAAGUGGUGCAGUUAUCCACACAAUAGCGUUAGGACCAAGUGCAGCCAAAGAGCUGGAACAGAUGUCAAUAAGGACAGAGGGCCUACAGUUUUCAGCCACUGAUAAUGUGGAUGCAAGUGGAUUAAUCGAUGCCUUCUCUCGAUUAGUAUCAGGAGAUGGUGGCGUUGGUCAGCAGUCAAUUCAGCUUGAAAGUUCUGGAACGAAGGUUUACGAUGACAGUUGGUUGAACGGGACAGUUUUCAUCGAUAAGACCGUUGGGAAUGACACAUUUUUUGUCAUUACAUGGCAGAAACAGUCACCGACUGUGUUUGUAUAUGACCCCAGUGGAAAGGUGUAUGCAGCCAGUGAGUUUAAGUUUGAUAACAGUCUGCUUACAGCCCGUCUGAACAUUCCAGGCACCGCACAGCCAGGACCUUGGAACUAUGGUAUCCUGAAUACUGGAAGCGAACAGAUUAUAACUGUCGUAGUGACAUCUCGAGCAGUAGAUGAGAAAGCUCCCCCAGUCACAAUCAAUGUGCACAUCAGUGAAAUGGAUUCGAAAGGUGGAAGAACAAUUUAUGCAGAAGUCACUCAGAAAUUCUCACCCGUCCUGUUUGCAAAUGUGACGGUUAUUAUUGAACGACCCACUGGCCCUCCAAUUGAGCAGGAACUUUCUGAUAAUGGCCUGGGUGCUGAUAUUACCAAGAAUGAUGGUAUUUAUACUAUGUAUUUCCUCAAGUAUUCCGGAAUUGGAAGAUACAACUUUAAAGUACGAGUGCACGGAAAGGAAGGAACGACAAAGACGGCAAUCCCAAAAGGAGGACAUGCCUUUUAUAUACCAGGAUACGUAGAAAAUGGCAAAAUUCAAACAAAUUCACCAAGACCUUCAGUCUACGUGGAUGAUCUGGAGGCUGACUUUGGUGAUUUUAACAGGAUCAAAUCUGGAGGAACCUUUUCAGUUCCCAAAGUGCCACCCACUGUUGAUAUUCCACCGUGUAAAGUCACAGACCUUCAAGCAACACUAACUCAAAAUAAAGUUGAAUUGGAAUGGACGGCACCAGGAGAGGACUAUGAUCAGGGAGCAGCGUCUCGCUAUGAGAUGAGAAUGAGCGACAACCUCCUCCAGCUACGGGACAACUUCACAACAGCUGCCCUGAUUAACUUGACCGACUUGGAUCCACGCCCGUUUGGAUCAAGGGAAACAGUCACAUUUGUUCCCGAAAGUAUAGAACUGAAAAAUGGGACAUCACUCUACUUUGCGCUCUGUGCCUACGAUAAACAGGAUCAGUCCUCUGAGAUGUCCAAUGUGGCCAGGAUUUAUGUCUUUGUCCCUGUACCUCUGGUAGAGCACCCGAAAGGUAACAGAGCAAUGCAGGCCAUUUGGAUCGCAGUAGUUGUCGCAGGCCUGGUGUGUUUGAUCAUUGGGAUUGUUAAGUACCUGCUUCACAAAAAAUCCACAAGUACAACUUUUGAACCAGUUUAAUGUCCUCGCCGGAGGAAUAAGCAGGCAGCAUGCAGUUAAUUGGGAUAAUUAUUCAAACAUUCAAUCAGAUUACGCAGUAUAUUUUAGACUUGAUUCUCAGGGGUGGCAGUCCAUGAAGGCCCACGCUUUUUCUCCUCUGCUUUUCUCCAAUAUUCAUGCUAUUUUCCAGGGAUUUCACAGCCUUUCUGCCAAUGUUUUAGUUUACUUAUCCUCAUUAUUGGCUUGGAAGAUGUAGGAAGCUGCAUGUUUAAAUGCAGAAAGGAUGUUCCUGUUAUCAGGGGAGCCCUGAACUGGGGGUCACAGUCUAUAGAUACAGGGUCAGCCAUUUCGGACUGGGAGAAAUUCCUUCACCCAGAGAAUGGUCAGCCUGUGGAACUCCCUGCCACAGAAAGCGGCUGAGGCCAAAACAUUGGAUGUUUACAAGUGGUUAGAUAUAGUUGUUGCGGCUAAAGAGUGUAGGGACAGCACAGGAACAAGGUAAUGUGUUGGAUGACUUGCCAUGAUCAUAUUGAAUGGAGGGGCAGGCUGGAAGGAACGAAUGGUCAAAUCUUGCUCCUAUUUUCUAUGGUUCUAUGUUUAAACUGCCAAGGUAUUGCGGGUACAGUGCAGGGUACACAAGCUUUGGUUGUCACCAGCCUUUGCAUGUAAUUUUUUGGCAGUUGGUCAACUCU